UAGGUGCUCUAUCGCAGUGCAUCAUGGGAGAGGAGUUCAUCAGGGAGUUGUUGACUCUGUGCUUACACCGGCUUGCUUUGGAGCAAAACACACACUCUGAGCUCGAGCUUAUUGAGGUGGUGAGAAACUUCGAGGUGGUCAGGAAGAAAUGGCUCCACGCCGAACUGGAGCUGAAGAAAUACAAAGAGCUGCUGGUGAAAUCGGACGUGGCCCGAGCCGCCCUGGAGGUCAAACUCAAACACGCCCGCAAUCAGGUGGAUGUGGAGAUCAAGAAACGUUAUAAAGUCGAGGCUGACUAUCAGUAUCUGGAACGUCAGAUGCUGUUGAUGACUGAAAUUCUUGCUCAGGACACCAAAUCAAAUGCCUGCCUUAAUGAGGAGCAGAGGAACAUGCUGGCCAGCUUCCAUCACAGAGGCGCUAACAUCACACAGCAAAGAGGCAAACGGUUAUCUGUGAUAGACGAGUCAUCUUUUCUGUCUCAUUCUGACAUCAGCUACGACAGGACCGAUGAUGACCUGGAUUUGGACAGUGCUGUUGUGAAGCCUCUGAAAUCGAGACCUCGGGAGAAAAGACGGUCGUCUCUGGGGCCGAACCUCGGACUUCCGAUACAGAAACGUGGGCGACUCGGUGGACGUUCUGGAGAUCUGCUGAGUGUGAGACAGUCAGAAAAGGAAGUGGAGGCGACGGUGGUUACAGCAUCAGUGUCUGCCCCUGAUAAUGGUGGUCAGAUCCACAUGGUGAUUGAUAUCACUCAGGAAAUGCCAGAGCUCAUCAGAACCCAGGCUGAUAUCCUCCCUUCUGUCAGCGAGCAGACCUCCGUGUGGGCUCACUCACAAAUCACUGAGGUUGAGAUGGAAGAGACUAACGUAGAACCCAAAGUUCAUCUGUCUCUUGAUCCCAGUAUGGAGUCUAACGUCCAGCAUGCUAACGUCCAGCAUGCUAACGUCCAGCAUGCUAACGUCCAGCAUGCUAAAGUCCAGCACAACGUUGUCCAGCACGUCUUUCUGCCCAAAACAGUGAUCCGUCCUGAGACCUGCACUCCUUGUAGGAAGAGAAUCCGUUUUGGGAAAGUGGCGGUGAAGUGCAGGGAUUGCCGUGUGAUCGCUCAUCCUGAGUGUAAACAGAUGUGUGUGGAAAAAUGUUCCUCAAACACACAGAGAACUGUCCAGGCUGGUGAGGACACUUUGGAGAGUUUUUGUCCCUCUGCUCCGCCCCGGAUCCCUGCGCUGAUUAUUCAGUGUGUUAAAGAAAUUGAGCGUCGUGGCCUUGAGGAGAAGGGACUGUACCGUGUACCAGGAGGAGAGCGAGCAGUGAAGGAGUUACGGGAGCGAUACCUCAGUGCUAAAGCUCCUCUGCUGCUGCACAGAGUGGAUGAGAUUCAUGUGGUUUGUGGCCUCCUGAAGGACUUCCUGAGAAAACUCAGAGAACCGCUCGUCACCUUCACACUCCACAAAACCUUCAUGGGGGCAGCAGAAUUAGCAGAUGAUAAUAACAGCUCAGCGAUGAUGAUGCAGGCCAUAGGAGAGCUUCCACAGCCGAACAGGGAGACUCUCGCUUUCCUGAUACUGCACUUACAGAGGGUUACUCAGAGUCCUCAGUGUCAGAUGGAUCAGAACAAUCUGGCUCGUGUUUUUGGACCAACUAUUAUCGGACACGGCAUGUCGGAGCCGUCUCCCCUUACCAUCAUGAGAGACACCAACACGCAGCCCAAAGUGAUGCUGCGCUUGCUCUCUUUCCCGUCUGAUUACUGGAACAGUCUCCUUACUGCAGAGAGAGAUCAGCCCAGAUCACACACACACCCUGAGCGAGAUCAGCUUAUCUCUUCUCUCAUACAGUCCAACAUCAACAACUCCACUCCAUCCUUGGACCGAGAUCGGAUGUUCAAACCUGUUACCUCUCCUGAGUUGAGUAAAUACAGCAGGACUCCAGGUGGCUCCUCCAUCAAGGGCAGAAUCAAGACCCUGGGCAAUGCUUUUAACAACCCACCCAAACCACGACCUGAACCGGCAAAAAAGAAGUUCUUUACAUCACCCAAGUGAGAGAGACAGGACUGCGACUGUGUCUCUGUGUGUUUGU